UAUUUCUUUUUUCUUUAUGCGAUAGACAUUUUUCCAAAAUAUUUUUUCAACAAAAAAUCAAAAAUACUACAAGAAAAAUUACAAAUUAGAUCGAUUGAAAUACUAUUAUUGAUUCAUUAAAUCCUUAUAAUGGAUAAAAAAUCAAAAGAAGCUCUGCGUCGCUAUAAAAAAGCCCGAGCUGCUCAAUCCAGUUCGGACAGUUCAAGUAGUUCCGAUUCAGAUUCUGGAUCCAGUAGUGGAUCAUAUUCCUCAUCGAGCUCUGAAAAGAAACCCGGCCAUCGUAAAAAGAAAGCUCGUGAUAGUAGUUCAUCGGGCGAUGAACGUCGCAAACGUGACAAAGGCCAUUCUUCGUGCCAUCAAAAGAAACUCGAAGCAAAACGUAAUCAUUUGAAGAGAAAAUUACGCGAAGCUAAGGCUGCCAAGAAAAGAGCUCUUGGCACAAAUGCAGUUCGCCGUGCAAGUCCUGGGAAAGUCAAAGUUCCCGGCGAAAAGAAACACGUUCGAACUGACAGCAAAGAACGACUCCGUCACGCUGCUGAGCGGGAGAAAAUGCGUGCACGGGAACGUGAACGUAUUCGGAGUCGUUCACCAAGAACUUUGGCCAAAUUAGAGGCAAAAAUGAGGGCAAGAAAAUCGCCAGUUGCCGCAGUUUCACGGCAUCAAUUAUCGCCUCGUGAGAAGAUCAUUAUUCAAACAAGAACUCGUGAAAGAACUCCCGAGAGAAAACGGGAUUUGAAAAUGCGACUAGACGAUUCACGAGAACGUGAACGUAGAGACCGAGAACGAGCAGAAAGAGAAGCCGAACGGCAAAAGGAGCGUGAGGAAGCUCUUGCUAGAUGUCAGGAACGUCAACGAGAAAGGGAAAGAUUGGCCAGGGAGAAAUUGCGUCGUGAGAAAGAGAAGGAAUAUGCUGAGAGGGGAGGUGAACGAUUGAUUCCACGACCAGCUGAAAGGGAAAUGGCUUUGGCACAAGCCAGAGGAUAUGGCAGUCGUGAACGUUCGUUGGAAGAUGAGGGCAGGCUUCGUCAUUCUCACGCUAGUCGAAUUAGGGAUCCGGCUUAUGAAAGGGAGCGGGAGUAUUUGGCUGCCGAACAUCAUCGAGUGCCCGUUUUGGAGCGUGAUGAGAGAAGGGAACGAGAGUACCUCGUCAUUAGACGGAGAGAAGUUCUUAGUCCAGGACAUUACAGAGACGAGAGGGAUUUGUACUCCGAGGAGGAAAGAGCUGCCUACGCACGGGCAUAUGCAGAAGAAGAGCGUCGUCGUGACCCCAGAUGGGAUCCAAGAGAACUGGAACUUCUAAAUGACCGUGAGCUUGAGAAGCUUUAUCCACCCGUACGACGUGGCGAAGACUGGCCCGAAGACGAUCGAUGGGAUGAGAAGAACUGGGGACGCAGCAAGUCAAACCGUCCCCCAUCCGAGCCCGACUGGGACGCCGAAGAGUUUGCUGGUGGUUCCCGUCAGCUUUGGGAAGAGGCACGUGAAAAGCGAGAACGUGAACGCGCAUUAGACCAUGUGCAGUCGCCCAGUUCGGGUCGAUCCGGACGUUGGCCACAACAGGAUUGGGCUCGUGGACAUCCACAGGCCGGUGAAUCGGGCAGUAGCCAUCGCAAAGGAGCCAACUACCGGCAUAGUGGUGCCCCGCUCGACUAUAUGCACGAUCGUCAGAAAUUUCGACCACAUCCACCGCCACUGAUGGCUAUUCACAGUGGAUAUCAUCCACCAACACGGCAAUUCCCAUCCAAACGACAAAUGACCUACACAAACCCAAACUUGAAGAAGAAACUCGGUGGUCCACCAACAACUCCAGGAGGAACUGCAAUUCCAUCAUUGCUGGCACUACCCCCAAUACCUCCGCCAUCAAUCAGUGAAUUGGUUGCAGCUGAAAAAGAACAACAGCCUUUGAUGAUGGAAAUUAAUGAACCAAUUCCAACUAUGAUCCUUCCUUCGGUCAUUCCCGAGGAAGAGCCCAAGAAUGUUGAAGAAGUCGAAAAACCUGAACCAGAAGUUAAGGUGACGCCUAUCGAGCAAGCAAAUGAAGAAGUAAAAGAUCCUGAAGUCAAAGUUGAAGAACAGGCUUUGCCUGAAACUCCUUCCGAAACUGAGCCUGUUCCAGUUAAGGAAAAUGAAUCAUCAUCGGAGGCAACUCCCACCACUGAAGCAGUUGAAGAGCAAGCUCCAAUUGAUGCUCCUACUGAUGUUGCAGCUGCUCCUGCUGUUCCAACAGAAGAAAAUCCAGUAGAAACCGAGCCUGUUCCCGAUGAUCUAAGUGAGAUCUCGGACAGCGAUGAUGAAAUUCUAGACAAAUUAGAAGAAAGUAAGCCUGCAAUUGAUCCAUCCUCUGCUGAGGCAAAUGGAGAUGUUCCAUCGGAAAAUCCAAUUACUGGAAGUCCAAUGAAAGAUGCUGGCAAUGAAGAUUCCAAACCAGAAGUAAUGGAUGAUGAUUUGUUGGAUUUUGAGGAAAUUUCCGAUGGUGAGCUGGAAGAGGAUUCGCGUACUAAAGGUGUUGGUGAUGCAUUGGGAGUUGAUUGGGCAUCACUUGUCAAAGAAGCCAAAGUUCCAGCAUUGCAUGGGGCAGAGCGGACAACUGCUAAAGAGAAGUGGCAGGCACAUAGAAUUAUUCUGGAUGUGGGUAUAUCGCUGAAAAUGGCUGGUGAAGAAUUUGGCAAAAGAAUUUUGACCGAAGCCAAGGAGAAGUUAAAUGCAGAAUUAGGUGAGACGAAACCAAUUAAAAUGGAAAUCAAAGAAGAGAUGACUGAAGAGGCUGCUGCAUCGGAAGAAAGUGGCGAUGACAAAAAUAAGAUCAAAAUAGAAUCAAAAAUGGAAGGAACCGGAGGGGAGACUUUUGAUGUUAAUCGUAUAAAUCCUUUGGCAUGUGCACAGGUUGGUGAGCGGGUCAAGCUGGCAGCAAAGCAAAGUUUAAUAAUUGGUGCAUGUGGCCCAAAUAGUCGGGCUCUAAGUGCUCGAUAUGACUUGAAGUUGCGGCGCAAAUUGUGUGGUCUACCGACGUUGGAAUGUGAUUUCCGUCGUCCAGCAAGUGAGAAGAUGAAGUCUAUUGCAUUGGCACUUUUUCAGAGAACAAUGGAGGUGAAGUAAGGGCAUAAGAUUUAUUGAAUGCUAUUAGUAAUGGACACAUUUAUAAUUUUGUUGUUCUGAGUAUUUAGGGGGACAUGUAUUAAUUAAUAAAUAAAAUUAAGAUUGAUGUGUAAUGAAA